AUGCCGAUUGACUUUACCAGUGUGCUUGAACACAUGACACAACGGGUUACAUCACAUGAUAAUGCAGCUUUGACUAGACCAGCGACUGAAGCAGAGGUGCACCCUGAGAAAGCACCGAGACCAGAUGGCAUGACAGCUUUAUUCUUCCAACGCUCAUGGCAUAUCAUUAAAAAUGAUAUCCUUGAGCUGGUGAACAAUUUUCUCACAGCGGGUACUCUGGAUGAAAGAUUGAAUAUGACACACAUCUGCCUUAUUCCAAAAACGGGAAGACCGACCAAAAUGACGGAGUUACGACCAAUUAGUCUUUGUAAUGUGGGAUAUAAGAUUAUUUCCAAGGUUCUCUGCCAGAGGCUUAAAAUACUUCUGCCUAGCUUAAUCUCGGAGACUCAGUCGGCGUUCGUUCCGGGCAGGCUAAUCUCAGACAAUAUUCUUAUAGCCCAGGAAAUGUUUCAUGGCCUCCGGACAAAUAAGGCCUGUAAAGGAAAAUAUAUGGCGGUCAAGACAGACAUGAGUAAGGCCUAUGACCGGGUGGAAUGGAGUUUUAUUGAGGCGUUGAUGACAAAAAUUGGUUUUUCGGAACAAUGGAUCUCCCGGGUGAUGAAGUGUAUUACCUCAGUUAAGUACAAGGUGUUACUUAAUGGACAACCGAAAGGAACAAUAGUUCCCCAUCGUGGCGUACGCCAAGGGGAUCCGUUAUCACCUUACAUCUUUAUUCUCUGUACGGAGGUCUUGAUAGCAAAUGUUAAAAAGGCGGAGGAGUUGAAAAGAAUCACAGGACUAAAAGUGGCUAGGGCGAGCCCCGCAGUGUCCCACCUUCUUUUUGCGGAUGAUAGUCUUUUUUUCUGUAGAGCAAAUGUGGAUGAGAGUCGGGUUUUACUUCAAAUUUUGAAGGACUAUGAGAACACCUCUGGCCAACAGAUUAAUUUUGGCAAAAUUUUACCAAAUUUUGGCGGGGUGGGGAACUAUCUCGGGAUCCCAGAAAGUAUUGGGGGCGCCAAGACAAAGAUUUUCAGCUUUUUAAUAGAUCGACAACAACGGAUUAAUGGCUGGAACUCCAAGUGGCUGUCAAAAGGAGGAAAAGAAGUUCUUAUAAAAUCAGUGGUUUCGGCGAUGCCUAUGCAUGUCAUGUCAUGUUUUCGUCUGCCAAAAGGGAUUACAAAUAAGCUGUCUAGUGCGGUUUCAAAUUUCUGGUGGAGUAAUAAUGGGCAAACUCGAGGGAUGCAUUGGCUGGCCUGGAAAAAACUAUGUCGGUAUAAGAACGAUGGCGGCUUGGGUUUCCGUGUUAUAGAGGACUUUAACACGGCCUUACUUGCGAAACAACUCUGGCGACUAAUUGACUUCCCAGAGUCUCUGUUUGCAAGGGUGUUCAAAGGAAGGUAUUACCGGAAAUCUAAUCCUUUAGACCCUAUUAGAUCUUACUCGGCCUCUUACGGAUGGCAGAGUAUAGUCUCGGCUCGACCUCUGGUACAAAAAGGGCUUAUUAAAAGAGUUGGUUCAGGAACAUCUAUCUUAGUUUGGGAUGAUCCAUGGAUUACAGCUUCUUCCCCGAGGCCAGCCAACGGACCUGGAAUUAAUUAUUACCCUCAUCUACGGGUGAGCGAAUUAAUAAAUUCCAGCACAUCAACGUGGAAUCUUCCACUAUUAAACCAGCUAGUAGACAACACGGAUGUCCCGCUGAUUAUGGGGAUCCCAACUUCACAUGUUACCCGACCAGACUCUCUGGGAUGGUUUUUCACGAAGUCGGGACGAUAUACGGUUAAAUCGGGAUAUAUGGUUGCACAACAAGCCUCCGAGGAUGCAAACCCUGUCUUUUUUGGACCGGAUACACGGCGGCUUCAGGUGGAUGGGGCCUGGAAAGAAUCAGAGAGUAGAGCUGGUCUAGGAUGGUACUAUUUUAACACGAACACCCCUGGAAAGCUUGUGGGAGGAUGCAAUCUGAGAAGGGGCAUAUCGCCUCUUCAGGCAGAACUGCAAGCUCUCAUCUGGGCUAUGCAAAUGUUAAGGACCAGAAAAUUAAGGAUGGUGUUUCAGACGGAUUGCUCCGAUGUGGUGAAGAUGGUGUCUAAAUCAGAGAAGUGGCCGGCUUUCUCAUUACUACUGGACGAGGUUGACAGGUGCAAGGAGAGGCUCAUUUCCUUCAUCAUCAUGAAAAUACCAAGGACGGAGAACACGAAGGCAGACAAGCUAGCACGAAAUGCUCGAGAUUUACCUACUGAUGUGUACUAUGUAACCUCUGUUUCACCAGUUUGGAUUCCUGAGCUGUUCUAG